UUCCAUCACAAAAUAAAACUUGAAGAACUGGAAAUGACAAUAGACAAAUUCUCUGUAGAUCGAAACCCGUCAGAGUGACCAACAAAUUGUAAGUUCGUCUGCACUUGUUUCACUCUUGCGCGUUGAUUUCUGUAUUUGAAUUCCAUUCCCGUAUUAGCUUGUUUUCUCCUCUUGUUCCGAGCUGCGAGGAUUCAGGGAUUGAUUGACCAACAUUGUCUCUGAUGUUGUGAUUAAUCGAUCAUUUCUUUUAAGCUUCCUGUGUUUGAUUCCUGACACUAAUUGCGAAUUUCAUGAUCCCGUCGCUAUGUUUUCUCUGAAUCUACUUGUGGGUAUGCCUGAUUUCUAAAUUUUUAGUCCGUAAGCUGGAUUGGUGCUAUCAUGAACAAUAAUCCAUUUGGGUCAAAUAGUCAAAAGUCCUUCAGUGCCUACCCAAGAGACUUUGAUUUAGAAUCUGGAAGCUUUAGAAGACCCAGAAAGGCCAAAGGUUCACCAUUUCACCCCUUCAGAAUGCUCAAAACUAUCGGUAAUCGCCUUCGCUAUUAUAGCAAAUUGCAUCCUUGUCUUGUGUUCUUCCUUUGCUUGUCAUUUGGAGUCACGUUUAUCAUAAUUGUGUCAUUCUUCGAAAGCCAUUACGGAACCAUGGAUGAUAAUCAAAACUUUGAUUUGGGGUCAGAGAAUAAUCCAUUUAAAAAGCUUAGGAACCUUGUAAUGGUUGCUGGCCAUUCGGUGUAUACUAGCCGUAGUUGUCAGAAAGUUGAUAAGGAGGAUUCCUGGUUUUUGGAGUCCUACCAGAAUCAUCCAGGUCAGGCUGCUACUUUUGUGACUCAUAUACAGGAAGGGAUUGAGACUGCAUCAAAAGAUGAUGGGGCACUGCUUCUGUUUAGCGGUGGUGAGACUCGAAAAGAUGCCGGUCCACGUAGUGAGGCACAGAGUUAUUGGACUGUUGCUGAAUCUAGAGGAUGGUUUGGCAAGGAAGAAAGCGUGAGAUGGAGGGCAUUGACGGAAGAGCAUGCCAGAGAUAGCUUUGAGAAUCUCCUGUUUAGCGUUUGUCGGUUCCGAGAGGUCACUGGCGCAUAUCCUCAAAAUAUAACUGUUGUAAGCUACGAUUUCAAGGAAGAGAGAUUUGCACAUCUGCAUCGCCUUGCAAUCAGAUUCCCAGAGUCAAGGUUCUUAUACUCUGGCACCCCUGCCUCAUCAACUUCCAGAGAAGCAGGUUUGAAAGGUGAGGCAUUGGUUAGAGCCCAAUUCCAAGAAGAUCCUUACGGGUGUAAAGGUUCACUAAAGCAGAAAAAACUACGACGUGAUCCUUUUCAUCGCACAAUCCCUUACCCUAGUGGCUGUCCUGAAAUUCAAGGUUUGUUCAGAUAUUGUGAGUCAGUUACUUAUCCAGGCUCCCUACCUUGGGCUGAGUAGAAAUAUACAUGCUAAGCUGUUUUUCUUAAUCCAAGACAAGUGAUAAAGCCACCUAAAAGGCUCAAACUGUCAGAAACAUAUCCUUAUAUUUUUGAAACACCAUAUUCAAAAAUUAGAAAUGAAAUUCCUAUUUACUGCUUUUCUGCUUUGUUGAGAUGGUUACCGGAUAAUAGGAUGAUAGUUUGAUUGGUUUAUCGACAUGUUGGUUGGAAGAUCUUCAUAUCUGAUCAUUUGAUAGUGUUCCUUCAAAAGUCGAAGCUAUGAAAACUGGCUGUGACUCGAGUUUCUUGCCUGCUGUAUUAACA